AUGCCCUUUGCUAUUGCAGAGAACAUGAUCAUAGUCGGUAUUAGGGGUACCCUUACAGCACAUGAGAGAUCUGGUGUUUCUCCUUUCAUUGAGACAAUGCGAAUUUUACAAGCCCGUAGCGAUGGUGGGGAAAGGCCUUCAGAGGCCCCUGUGCCCUGGCCUCACGAGGGGUCUUGUUGGAAUGCGGCGAACUGCAUGUUUAAAAACAUCAUCUCACCGCAUGAUGACCUUCGUCUCAAGCAUUGCAAAGGUCGUGUUCGUAACAAUAAGCGUUGGCACAGUCUUGUUCCGCUCAACACCCUGGUUCUCGCUGAUGAUAUAAACCAACUAUUGCAACUUUGCUUAAAUGGCUGGCAUAAUUAUUGCUGUGAUGUGGGUAACUUCCGCAUUAUAACGGAUGUGGAGACUUGCUACCUACGGGAUAUGGACGACGACGGUUCGAUUUGGCCUGAAGAAUGGUGGGAUAUGUUUGAAAUAGAUGGUCUAGGCGGUGAGAUAAUUGAAGAAGUUAUAGUCUACCAUGCCUUCUAUCGAGACCCUUUACCCAAAGCAAUCGAAAUCCAUACAAAUUGGGGCCGCUCAGUACUCUGGGGCGUCGAUAUGAAACGUGGUGAGGAUAAAGAGGAAACAAAUGAGCCUGCUGCUCUUGUUUCAAGCAUUAAUCAACCGACUUAUUUGCGUGCAGACGACGGAUACGCUAUCGUUGGGUUCGUUAUGGGGUGCGGGAAGGUUUUUGGUCGUUGGCACUCGGACGAGUAUCAUGUUGAACGAAGGAGGACUCCCUAUUGUCAUUCGCCCUCGGGGAGAUUGAACUCUUGGGGCGAGGAUUAUAUAGACGAGGAGGAUUCAAGGGGGCCUUGGACGAAGGGACAGUAUAACAGACGCAACGAGUCAACUAUACAUACAGGCAUGAGCAAGUUUGGCAUUAUCACGAAAAGGAAUACAGACGAGCAAGAAAAUAGUAUCUAG